UCCGUGCGCCUCAGAGGCAGAGUGUCAAUCUCCGCGAGUUUUAUUCAGCAUUUCUUACAUUUUCCGCAUUUUUUCGUUUAGUGUUUAAUUAAUUUGUAGAUUAACCCACCAUGGAGCCCUACGAUGUGAUUGUCAACCAGCCGGUGGUGAUCGACAACGGAUCGGGAAUGAUAAAGGCCGGCUUCGCGGGGGAGCAAAUUCCCAAGUGCAUUUUCCCCAACUACAUCGGCCGGCCGAAGCACGUGAGAGUGAUGGCUGGGGCGCUGGAGGGUGAUCUGUUCGUGGGGCCCAAGGCGGAGGAGCACAGAGGCUUGCUCAGCAUACGUUAUCCGAUGGAGCACGGCAUUGUGACUGAUUGGAAUGACAUGGAGAGGAUUUGGACGUACAUUUACAGCAAAGAUCAAUUGGCCACAUUCUCAGAGGAGCAUCCGGUUCUCCUCACGGAAGCGCCACUGAAUCCCCGGCGAAAUCGCGAAAAGGCAGCUGAAAUCUUCUUCGAGACAUUCAACGUUCCGGCUCUGUUUGUCUCCAUGCAAGCAGUUCUCAGUUUAUACGCUACAGGUCGCGUGACAGGAGUGGUUCUGGAUGCUGGAGACGGAGUGACUCACGCUGUGCCCAUUUACGAGGGCUUCGCAAUGCCGCACAGCAUCAUGAGAGUGGACAUUGCCGGCAGGGAUGUGACGAGACACUUGCGAGCGCUGAUAAGGAAGGAGGGCUUCAAUUUCCGCACAACAGCAGAGUUUGAGAUUGUGAAGGCGAUCAAGGAGAAAGCCUGCUAUUUGGCCACGAAUCCGCAGAAGGAGGAGACCAUUGAGACGGAGAAAAUACUCUACACUCUCCCUGAUGGAAAUACCAUCGAUAUCGGCCCCGCACGAUUCCGAGCGCCUGAAGUCCUGUUCAGGCCUGAUCUCCUAGGCGAGGAGUGCGAAGGCAUCCACGAAGUGCUUAUGUACUCAAUACAGAAGUCCGACAUGGACCUGCGGAAGAUGCUGUAUCAGAAUAUCGUUCUCUCCGGAGGUUCGACGCUCUUCCGUGGCUUUGGCGAUAGACUGUUGUCGGAAAUUAAGAAACACGUGUCGAAAGACAUGAAAAUCAGGAUUGCCGCGCCGCAGGAACGUCUCUACGCCACUUGGAUGGGCGGCUCUAUUCUGGCCUCUCUGGACACCUUCAAGAAGAUGUGGAUCUCCAAGCGAGAGUUCGACGAGGAAGGCCAGAGAGCAAUACAUCGCAAGACCUUUUAAUUUAUAUCCUCAAUUUUGCAAUAGUUAUUGAAAUCUUUAUUGUCAUUAUUAAAUGCACAAUUCAUAAAUUAUUUUUGUCGCUUUUCAAAUCAUGGUCGUGUAAUUUUACUCCUUGCUAAGUAUAAAAUACAAUUAAAACAUAAUGUAAACUAAAAAACAAAAAUAUUAUCGCCUGUCUUGAGGAGAAAAACAACUGAAUUAUAUUUUGCAUCAUUUGAAGUGAAAGAGAGAAAAAAGUUAAACAAUUUUCCGUGUUCCGGCGAUGAAAAACAAUGAAGAGCGCAAAGUUUGUAAAAGACGCAUAUUCUCAUGUUUAUAGAUUAACUAUAAGUGAAUAAUUGUGCUUUUUAUAUUACCUACAAUUUAUUUAUAAAAACCAAUAUAACAUGAAUAUAGAAAGUUCAUAAAUAUCUC